CUCCCAAAAGUCCAAAACUCUACAAAAUUUCAGUUUCCCCAUCCCUGCUCUCACCCCAAAUCAAUCUCAAAUCAUUGAACCGCUACCUCACCACCAUGAAUGGCUGAGCACCACCCUCCCACCACUGCACAACCACACCACCUAUUUAGAAGCCCCGCGUCCUCAUUCAAUAGCCCAUCAUCCUCGUUCAGCAACCCGAAUACAACUUUGAACAGGUAAAAUUAAAUGAACGCAAAUUAAUUGGGAUGAAAAGUUAUGAUUGUCACUUGUUGAUGCAAGAAUUAUUGCCGAUUGCAUUACGUGGAACUUUACCAGACCAUAGAAGAUAUUUCCUCCAUCAUUCUUUACUGUAAUGGUGCACUUGGUGAUCCAUUUAACGAGAGAGGUUAGGCUUGGAGGUCCUGUUGCAUUUCGGUGGAUGUACCCUAUUGAAAGGGACCUUUUGAAACUCAAGUCAUACGUUCAUAAUAGAGCUCAUCCGGAAGGAUCAAUUGCUGAAGGUUAUUUAGCUGAGGAAAGUAUAACAUUUUGCUCCAGAUAUCUAUCAAAAGUAGAGACCGUCUUCACUAGAGCAGUUAGGAAUGAUGAUGAGGGUCACCAAAAUCACAUUGAAGAAUCCAACAAUCUUUGUCCGGGUCGUGCCAUAGGCCAUAAAUUGCAUUCAGGAGUAUCUAUUCGCAAAAGAAGGAGAUCUUCAAAGUCAGACAUUGAUGAGAAGUCUCCCACUCAGGCACAUCGUUAUGUAUUAUUCAAUGUUGAGUCGGUUACACCUUUUCGAGAGGAUCACAAACGCAUAAUCAAGGGACAAAAUCGCUCUCGUCGGAUGACAGAUUACGAUGUGAACAAGAUUCAUGGCCAACAGUUUGCUGGUUGGUUCAAGAACAGGGUUGCACGUAUGGAAGAGCAAGCACAAGUUGAUAAGGUGUUCUACGUAACAGAUCCCAAGCAUAAAGAUUGGGAGGUCGUGAGACAUGUAAAAGUAAGAGAUGUAUUUGACAUGGGUAAUGUUGAUGAUCAAGUUGGUCCUUAUUCGAAUGAUUGCACAUUUGAUGUGCCUAACUUGCAUAGGAUUGGGGAUGAUGGUGAAGAUGGUAUAGACAUUACACCCGAUAUGGAAUGUGAAGUAGAGGUUGAAGAAAACGAUGAUGACUACUCAGGUUAAAAUCGGACAUAUUUUCGCAUGGGUCUUGUAAAGUGCAGUUGAUUGGCGAUAUUGGGUCAAGAAGUGUUUCUAAGUGGGCGUGUGCUUUGCA